AUGGAUUUCCUUGGCGCUCUGGGCCGUGACUGCACCGCGGAGAGCGAUCCUGCUCCCCGUCCGCUUCCUCCUGCACGCCCAGCCGCGAGCGUGCCUGUUGCUCCGCCGGCGUCCGCUGAUCAGAUUCGCCGCCGCUUCGAGCAUCAGCGGCGCGAGCUGGCUCCGCGCGGGGGCAGGUCCUCGUCACCGCGGGAGCCCCCGCGCGCGGUGUCCGUCGCGCGCUCCGGCGCAGAGGCUGUGGCGCACCUGGAGCGUUCGCAUCGCCGUCGUUCGUCGGCAGCUCGCGACGAUAAGCGGGAGAGCCGCCGCGACGAUCCGCCUUCCCCAAUGGAGCGCGUCCUGAAGAGGUUGGACGGUGUGGAGAAGGCUCUCCACCGCUCGCGUGCGGGGUCGUCAUCGCAGUCCGCCUCUCCAGCUGCACCGGUUGUUCCUCUCGCUGCGCUUCUGCCCCACAAUCCUGUGGGGUCCCCGGCGCGCUCCGAUCAUCCGCCUCCUGCGGGAACUGGCUUCGUGGGCGCUGGCGGUGGGCCGCCGUGGGCUCGGUUUGUUCCGCCGAGUCCUCUUCCUGCUCCUCGUGACCUCGCCGUGUCGUCUCGCCGUGCCCGCGCAUCUGCGUUGCUUCCGCCGAUGAAGGAAGUUCCCACGGCGAUCCUGGCCCACCUAUGGUCGCUGGCGGAGUCCCUGCAGAGCCUUGAGCGGAUUCUCCAGGAGUCAUAUGAUUCCAUGCCGGUGAGUCCUCCGAGCAGGUUCUCUCAGAAGCCGCGAGCUGAUUGUCAUGCGGCGGCGUCAGCGCUAUUCGCGCUCGUAACGCCACUGCAGGUAGCGCCCUCGCCGGGAGCAACCUCGGCCAGCCAGCUGGCUGACUCGGCCCUGGCUCUGAAGACGCUUGUAGGAGGCUCUGGUACUCCUGUUGACGUUGUAGGCGCCACCGUGUUAGUGGUCCGCCUGUUGUGGUUGAACGCGAGCGGAAUGCUCGCUGCGGUUGAGGCGCACCGCAUGUAG